AUGUGUCAAGAAGUGGACUAUCUUUCGGAUCAGCUGGUGUUUGAGAUGGAAACCCGGCAGCAGUUUCUCUGCCAGGAAACAAGGUUGCUGUUUGCCAAAUGUGGAGGAGAUUUUGGCAAACAUCAGCCCGGCUGCUGCCUUCAGUCUCUGCAAAUCAGUGCGAGUGUGCUGGAGCAGCAGCAGUCGUCUUCCUCUCCGCGGUUCAGGAACGAGGAGGAGAAUGUGGUUUUGUCGCACGGAGGGGAGAACAGUGAGCGAGCGCUGCGAUUUUCACAGCCAGAGAAUCACACAGAGUCUUUUAUCUAUUUCCCUCAAUCAGGAGACAUCCGGCAGGAGCGAGGUAUUCCCAUCACUGUGGAGAAACAUGUGGUUGGAUCGGGAGAUGCGGCUGCCCGAGGUGAAUCCCUGCAGCAUGGCCAGGCCGGGACGCUGCCCCGCUUCCUGGAGGAGCCCGUUGACGCUUACAUCGUCAAGAGCUACCCCAUCAAGCUCCAGUGUCAAGCUCGGCCCGCUCUCCAAAUCUUCUUCAAGUGCAACGGUGAAUGGGUCCACCAGAGCCAGCACAUGUCUCAGGAGCACACCGACCUGGGCACAGGGCUGAAGAUCCGCGAGGUGAUGAUCAACGUGUCCCGUCAGCAGGUGGAGGACUUCCAUGGCCCGGAGGAUUACUGGUGCCUGUGUGUCGCCUGGAGUCACCUGGGAACCUCCAAGAGCCGCAAGGCAGCCGUCCGCAUCGCCUACCUGAGGAAGAACUUUGAGCAGGACCCCCAAGGCACUGAGGUGCCGCUGAAUGGCAUGAUUGUGUUGCACUGCCGUCCCCCAGAGGGAGUGCCUGUGGCUGAGGUGGAAUGGCUAAAAAACGAAGAGCCUCUAAGCUCUGACGGAGUUACCGAUACAAGAGGCGACCAUAAUCUCAUCAUUUCAGAUGCUCGCCUAUCUGAUUCUGGAAACUAUACCUGCGUUGCCAGCAACAUUGUGGCCAAAAGACGCAGUGCCACAGCAACUGUUGUAGUCUAUGUGAACGGAGGGUGGUCAUCAUGGACAGACUGGUCCCCGUGUAAUGUUCGCUGUGGUCGUGGGGUGCAAAAACGUUCCCGCACUUGCACUAACCCAGCUCCGCUCAACGGGGGAGCCUUUUGCGAGGGCAUGUCGGUGCAGAAAAGCACCUGUAACACACUGUGUCCAGUCGAUGGCAGCUGGGGAGAGUGGAGUGAGUGGUCAAUGUGUAGCUCAAGCUGCGAAAGGCAGCGCAGCAGAGAGUGUACGGCCCCGGAGCCCAAACACGGAGGACGGCUGUGUGACGGGGUAGCGCUGGCGACAGACAACUGCACCGGAGGCCUCUGCACACAGAAUGGGAAGUUGCUACAUGAUGCAAAGCCACAAGGGGUGGAGAACGGCAGUGACGUGGCCUUGUAUUCAGGCCUGGCAGCGGGCGUGGUGACGGUGGUGCUGCUGAUCGUCGCUGUCACGCUUUAUCGAAGAAGCCAGAGCGAGUACGGUGUUGACGUCAUCGACUCAUCCGCCCUCACCGGGGGCUUUCAGUCCUUCAGCUUUAAGACUUCUCGCCAAGCAAACCCCCUGCUGAUUAAUUCCUCCCUGCAGCCUGACCUGACAGUGUCGCGCACCUACACCAGCCCCAUGUGUUUCCAGGACUCCAUUGACAAGGAGCUGAUGGCCGAGCGCUCGCUCCUCGACCCGUUACCAGAUCUCAAGGUCAAAGGGGUGGCAGAGAGGGCAGAGUACCACGUCAUGUCCCACCCUCAGACAUUUCCACGGGGCCUGGCUCCAGACUACAGAGGAGUUGCAGUGGGGACGACGCUGGGCAGGAGAAGCAAAAACCUCUUCACUCCACAAGUCUCUCUGACUCCCAGCAGGCCUCCUCACAAAGCUACAGCGGUGUUUGGCCACACUGGAGGCCGGCUGGUGGUUCCUAACACAGGCAUCAGUCUGCUGGUGCCUCAUGGGGGGAUCGCAGAAGACACUACCUGGGAAAUGUACAUGUUCAUCAACCAGGAGGACAGCAGUACUCUGUUCGAGGACGGGCCCGAGAUCUUUUUGAGCCCUUCAGUCACGUAUGGACCACCAGGCCUCGACCUGUCCUGUCCCAUAGCCAUGACCAUAGCCCAUUGUGGGGAGGUUGCCGCUGAUAAUUGGACCAUUCGGCUGAAGAGACAAAUGCAGGACAACAAGUGGGAGGAAGUGAUGUCCGUGGAUGAGGAGAGCACAUCCUGCUACUGUCUGCUGGAGGCCCAGAGGUGCCACGUGCUGCUGGAGCAUCCAGGCCGCUACGCCCUGGUGGGGGAGCCGCUGAACCAGGAGGUGGCCAAGCGGCUGAGGCUGGCUGUGUUCGGCAGUCUGGAUACGAGCAGCAGUCUGGGCUUCACCCUCAGGGUUUACUGUGUGGACGACACCCCCUAUGCUUUUCAGGAGGUGGUGGUGGGUGAGCGCAGCAGGGGCGGGCGACUGCUGGAGGAGCCGAAAAUUAUGCUGUUCAGGGGGAACUCUUUCAGCCUCCAGGUUUCCAUCCAGGACGUCCCACAGUUACUCUGGAGCAUCAAACCUUUCACCACCUGCCAGGAGUUCUCCUUUUCUCAGGUGUGGGCCAGUAACCAGCGUCCCCUGCAGUGUGCCUUCUCUUUGGAGCGAUACAGCCACUCCACGUCUCAGCUCUCCUGCAAGGUCAGCGUGCGACAGGUCAAAGGCGAGGAGCAGAUACUCCAGGUCUACACGUCUGUGGUGGAGAACGAGAAGGGAGUGGUUCCCUUCUUCACUCAGUCCGACUGCACCAUCACCUCUCAGACAGGGUCAAGGGCCUUUAAAAUCCCCCCGUCCAUCCGUCAGCGGAUCAGUGCCACCUUUGACACCGCUAAUGCCAAGGGGAAGGACUGGCAGCUCUUGGCUCAAAAGCUCCACAUAGACAGGAACCUGUGCUACUUCGCUUGUCAGGAGAGCCCAUCAUCUGUGAUUCUGAGUCUUUGGGAGGCUCAGCACCAGGACUCGGGGGAUCUGGACUCUCUGGCCAGCGCCCUAGAGGAAAUUGGCAAGGUCCAGUCCCCCACGUCCGCCACACUUGGCUGCAGCAGAGAGGAGCGGGACUCUGGGUUCACGAAACUUGGGUAGGGCAGGUCUACGGCAGGUUGAAUCCUGAUGAACCUGAACUGCAUGAACACUGAUGAUCGGGUGUGUUAGCUCACCUCCGGAGGUGUGGAGGAGGAAGGAGGACAGCAGGGAAUCUCAGCUUUUUGGACUGUUACUAAAUGGACAUUUCUGCUAAACCAAAUGGCACACACAGACACACAGGAAACGUGGAUCAACUGGGAGGGAGUGUUUGAGUUACCGAGAGGCACCAACAAAAACUUUCUGGAUUGGGAUGGAAGUAUCCCACACCCGUCCGUGAUUGAAAACUGUCAGCUCCUCGACACUUCGUUCAAUAACCUCUAUUCAAGGAUUAUGGGUAUCUGUGCGAGGAGACCUCUCCAUGUGGGAUGGGGCGUGUUGUAGACAGACUGCCAAUCAGGCUGGUGUUAUGACCUUCCCAGGAGCGGAUGUGUUGACACCUGCCGUCAAGCGGUCUUCUGGGCUGUCAAAAUGUUUAGUGUAACGUCGUUAUGUUGUCAUUGAUUUUCUAGAUCUCCUCUUGCUUCGUUUUCUUUUCUGCGCUGUGUCUCCGCUGUUACUGCUGGAGUUAGGUGGAAAAUAAAAGAAAUCUUAUCCAAACUAUAGGGUCAGAGACGCUGAUAGUGAUGGUGCCCACUGAUCAGGAUUUAAAAGGACCUGAUGCUGUCCAAACAAUAAACAGGCACAAUGUGUAUAAGAAAUUACUUUAGAAAGUUUCCUACAUUGACAUGAACCACACAGAUAACAAAUCAACAAACAUCCUCAUGCACGUCAGCAUAACACUUGGAGGAGGAUAAGUCAAGCUGCUUUCAGACAUGCCCUGAACUCCAGAUAGUCUCCGGACAUUCUCCAGAGGAGCUGCAUGUGUGAAGGCAUAUGUCCAAGUUUCUCCAGCCAGCCCCCUGGUAAAAACUGCGUAUGUUUGAAAGAGCCGAUGCAGGAGAUCCUCCGCAGGAUUCACCGUGAGCAGGUGGGGGUGUUGAUGAUGUUUCUGACACGUAACAGACACAAAACAAAAACAAAAGACAAGACAUAUAUCAGGAUGAAUAAACACGGACCGAAGACAUCAAGAGAGGUUUUGGCGAUAAGUGCUUAAAAUAAAAACACAACAGAAUCCUGCUCUGCCGGCUGCACCACCAACAACACCGAUUUCUGUGUGUUGUGAACACGUCUGAGCGGAGAAUCUCCUGCUGUGUUGUUCAUGUGUGAAAGACAAACUCUGGAGAAAGUCCGGACCCAGUUCUCUGCACAUCGUCCAGAGUUCCUGUCUGAAAAUGGCUUUGACUGUUCUGUUCAGUUCUGUUCAUUUCUGUUCUGCAUUUGGCAAAUACAGGCAACGUCCGGUUCUUUUGGAGGAAAUUAGAUGAUAAUUGGUUAUUCCUUUCCAUUUUAAUCAAAAUCUUGACUUGUAAUUUUUGUGUGACUUAACUGUAGCUGCCAUUUCUGGAUCGCAGCUUGGAACAAAUACUCAAACAUAAUGUUUGAAGACAUUUCACAAGCAGAGGCUGUUAGACGACAGAGGAGAGGGAGUGAGAGGUGAAGCAAUCCUAAAAUACAGGAGGAAGCCCACAUUCAGUCAACCUG